CAGGUCGAUUGACUGCUGCAGUUAUUAUUUCGUAUGUCUAGAGAUCGUUUGAACGAAGUUAGGAAUGGUAACAGUCGUGAAAACCUUGGAGGUUUGUCAUCAUCCCGCAGUAUUCCACAGGGCCAGCAGCAGUAUUCUCAGCGGGGAGAUAGUGGUCGUUCGUCUCCUUAUGCCGACCGCAACUAUGCUCGUGGCACUAACCUGACACAGUCCCGAAAUGAAAACAGCUAUGAGAUGUCAGGUAGAACCAAUCCUCCCAGAAGCGCUCCUCGCAAUGGCGGCGGUGAUUUCUAUAGCGAGGUUGAUGAAAUUCAAGCAUCUAUCGAUGCAAUCAAUCGCUCCGUUGCAAGUAUUGAGCAGCUACAUAAGCGUGCACUUGUUGGUGUAAGCCAAGAUGAAUCGUCUCGUAUCAACAGAGAGCUUGAUUCAACACAGACAGAGACCAGUAAUCUUAUUGCAGAUGCACGACGUCGUUUACAGCGCAUUUCCAAUGAAACCAAGUCCAUGAAAGGUGGCGGUGACUCUCGUUCUAGACAAAAUCAGCAAUCUGUGCUGGCACAGAAACUCAUGGAUGCAGCCCAGCGAUACCAGAACAUUCAGGUAACAUACAAGCAAAAGUAUCGUCAGCGCAUGGAACGAGAGAUUCGUAUUGCUCGUCCAGAUGCCACACGUGAUCAAAUCGAACAGGCAUUGGACUCUCGUAAUGGACCAGUUUUUUCACAGGAAAUGCUGUCCAGCCGUGUUGGCGAGCAGCGUCGGGCUCUCCAAGAGGUUCAGGGUCGGCAUGUCGAGCUGCGCAAAAUGGAAGAGUCGAUUGAAGAACUUGCACAGCUUUUCCAAGACAUGCAGGUUCUGCUAACUGCUCAGCAAACUACCAUUGACACGAUUGACACACAUGUGGAGAAUGCAGUUACAUAUGUACAAGAGGGAGACAAGGAAUUGACACAGGCGAUCCGGCAUAGAGAAGCAUCGCGCAAAAAGUGGUGGAUCUUGACGGGUAUUAUUUUUGUGAUUCUCGUGGCAUUGGCAAUUGUAUGUUAUGUGCAACGAUGCCAGUUCUUUGGUGUGUGUGAGGCGAAGCCAGCGCCUGCUGCUUCUCGUUAAAUCAUACGAUUUAAGGCUAGUUGGUCAAGGCUCUUUGAUUUCUAUAUACAAACAUGUGCUUAAGCUUUCUCAUUUUAAUCAAACCCUGCAGCCUAUUUCCAUCUGAUACUAUUUACAGUUUCCACUUUUUAUUUCAAUAGCGAAUUAAAAUAAGUUUGAUCUCUCCAUG